CAGUAGUGUGUACCUUGUGGUUUCGCUUGAUCAUUCAAAUAAAUCACAUACAAUUUUUACUUCUGGUGGAUCAACUGUGUUGUUUAUUCACUGGAAACGAACACUGGAAACAAAUACUGGAAACGCACCGGGUCUGUGACUGGAUGCCUGGAAACCACCAGAGGCAAGCAAGAACGGUCAACAUCCAUGAUGAGGUGCAAUGCCGUAAUGGAUUUCUAAGACAGACCGCUGUGCUUUCCAAGGCGAGAUGGAUUAGAGAGGGAUCAAUUUAGCAGCAAAAUAGAACCGCGGCACAUCACUUCCCCUCUCCUCAUCCUUCGUCUUGUCACCUAUUCUUGGAUUGUGGAUAACCAAAAACCUUCAAGACGGACGGGGUGCUGGAGCAUCGAGGCAAACACAGGGGCAAUAUGAGGGAGCGGGACUUCAUGCCCAACAUGGAAAGAGGUAAACCCGCUACGUACACGGGGGACAAAAAGGCGAAAAUGGCAGCGAAAACCAACAAAAAAUGGGUAAGGCUGGCCACCGUCUUUGCCUAUGUGCUAUCUGUGUCUUUAGCAGCUAUAAUUCUGGCCAUUUACUACAGCCUGAUAUGGAAGCCGACGACCGCUUCCUCUACUGGCAGUAAGCUGCCCGAAACCACCACCACUGCUAACAUCUCUACAAAUGUCACCAGCACCACAAACGCUCCAGACAUUAACUCCACACACCUGGAUAUAGCGCUCAACGACACGGGGUCAAAUGGACUAAAUGCGACUUCAGUACAGGCUUUUCAGUCAGAAGUUAGAAGCCUAAUUGUAUCAGAGGGCAUGGAUGCGCAUCCUCAACCGAGAGGACUCUACACGGCGCCUCGCGGCUACACGCCCUCGCAAGCCACAGGAAAUCAAGGAGCAUUAGGGCAAGCAUCUGCUACCCGUUCGGACGAUGGAGAGCAUAUCUAUGACACGUCGGUGCCAGUUGCCAACGAUCAAAACCAAUCAAAAGAUGUGCAUCGCACGACCACAGCUGUUGGGAAAGAGCGCCAGUCUGCACAGGCAGCGGAGGAUGGUACCCGACUAUCCUCACUUGCUGCCCCGUCUGCCCCCGCAUCCUCCGCUACCUACAAGAAAGGACAGCGCACAGAUAAAAACUGACCAGGCCCUAAAAGUCGCUCCUCGGUUGAAGUAGUGUUGGAAGAAGUACAGACGCCGCGGGUCGGACAUGUAACAAUCUCCAUGGAACUGUGGAACGCGGAGGAUGCUAUCUUUAGAGGAUGCGCACACUUAAUGCACGUACAAACUUCUUGAUAACACACUAUAAGGCCCACACGUCAUACAUCAAUAUAUAUGUAUUACAACAGGAAUACACAGCUGACAUUUGAUGCCACGAUUAUUUGUUUUCGGUUUUGUCGUUUCAUUCUCACUGGCCUACGAUUAUUUUGCCUUAUUGCACGUCCUUGUAAUGACAUGAUAGCAAGGCCGAUAAUGCUGUAGGCUAUGGACAUUUAGCAACCCGAUGCAUAUGGACUUCUCUAUGAUGAUCUCGUGGUCACCACAGGCAAUUGUUACUGAAAGGACGGUUGCAUUUUAAAACAAGAGACAUGCAAAUAUAGGCUAUGACAUAAACUAAUAUUAUAUGUAAGGAAAAAAUAUUUUCAGCGGUGUAACAAACGCUUUUCACAUUGCAUUUGGUUUUACAUAUCUUCGUAUACUAAUUAAUCAGGAUUCCUGAGGUCCAGGAACCCUAAUUGAGUAAAGCUCAGGUAUGUGCAUAUAAUCAUGUAAAUGUAUUGUGUAUUUGGUCAUGUACAUAGCUCUUAGUCUAGAGCAAACCCUGUACAUGCCUUUGGCCCGAUCCAACUUUUAGGUCUGUUAGAUACUUUUUAUUAUGACCAUGUACGAAACUUACUGUACUGCAGUAUAUUAUCACAAGGCAAAUAAAAGUCCUUGUAAAAGUGUGCUGUUGUUAAGAUGGAGUAUUUCAGUUUCUAAACCUGACGCACUCAAGGCACUUCGGAAUGCUUCAAUAUCAUCAAUCUUUGUUCAAAUCCUGCCAUAUAUGCUAUCCUAAGACUAUUCGGCCUACUAGCCUAAUGGAAUAAACAUUCUUGUUAUAACCUUCUUAACAAUAUUCUGAACAUCUAUAGGCGGUAAGUCUAUAUGGACUGUGUUAAUAUAGGAUAUAUGUGGAUGUGGAUUAGGCUACCAAGACUGGCAAGACUAAUUCUUAAAAUGAAGACAAUAAUUUAGGGCAUAUCUUAAUGCAGAAACACGGCAUAGUAGGCUAGCCUACUGUAGCUUAGGGGUUGAUGAUAUAAACCAGCCUAAGAUCCAUUUAGUAACAGUCAGACAACUAAACAAUAUGCAUUUUUAUGAGGGACGUUGUCAGACAAUGCAUCUUGGUCAGACAACGUGCCUUGAUAUUACUUUAAUUGCUGCCAAAGCACUGUGCGUUUAGGAAUCGUGCGUUUUUAUAUAGGGUUAGUUCCUACUACGUCCCUGUGUGUGUGUGUGUGUGUGACAGAGAGAGAGAGAGAGAGAGAGAGAGAGAGAGCACACCGGCAGAACCCACCAGGACGGGCAGGAUUGUUUAUGUUCCGCCAGCUCGUUGAGCACGGAGCCGGGCUGCUCGCGGGCUUCUGAGUCACUCCUGGUGAACUCUCAAACCUCUGCGCUUCUUCUCUUCCCUCCAUCUUAUUGAUUGAACGCUUGGAGUUAAGCAAAGGGAGAGACGCAUUGAGGUUCCUACACAUUACACAAUGCCUGCUUGCUCUAUUUCCAGCUCCAUACAAUAAACUUCGAUUCUGCGCUUA